AGCGAUGGCUCCGCUGUGCGCCGCUCCGCUGUGCGCCGCUCUGCUGUGCGCCGCCGCAGGGCUGGGGGGGCUGCGCUGCGAGGCGCCCCCCCGUGUGUGGAGCCGCAGUUGGGACACAGCGCUGCGCUGCGGGGCCGGGGGGGGCUGCGCACAACCGGGGCGGCCCCACAGCACACAGGAGGAGAUCUGCUCCGGCUGCCAGGAUGUGCUGUCGCUGCUCAUCCGCGUGGCCAACACGACGGCCGUCCAGGCGGCCGUGGAGGGCUUCGUGCAGAGGGAGUGCGCGGCGCUGCCGCUGCCCGGCAUGGAGGCGGUGUGUCGCACUGUGGCCCGGACGGACCGCCACGGCGCGGCGGCGCUGCUCGGCGGAGCGGUGAAGCCGUCCGCCAUCUGUGCCCUCCUGGAGCUGUGCCCGGGGCAGCCCGGGGGGGUCCCGGCUGUGUCCCCCCACAUCGGUGCCCUCCUGAAGGACGCGGCGCUGCCGGUGCCGCUGCCGCUGUGCUGGCUGUGCCGGACCUUCCUGGCCCGCGCCGAGGCCGCCAUCCCCAAGGAGGCGGUGGCGGCGGCGGUGGCACAGCUGUGCCGGGCGCUGCCGCUGGCGGUGGAGGGCGCGUGCCAAUGCCUGGCGGAGCGCUACGCCGCGCUGGCGUUGGAGGCGGCGCUGGGCCGGAUGGCACCGCGGCUGCUGUGUCGGCUGCUGCUGUCCUGCGGGCCCAACGGAGACGGCACCGCCACAGCCGGGGGGGCACCGCCGGACCCCGCUGCGUGGCAGGCGCUCGCUGAACCGUCCCCAAACCUCGAGCUGACCCCAAAGCCAGGGCUGAUCCCAAAGCCAGGGCUGAUCCCAAAGCCAGGGCUGACCCCAAAGCUCGGCCCCUGCGCCCUGGGCCCGGCAUACUGGUGCUCCAGUGCUGAGACAGCACGGCGCUGUGAGGCUGAGCUGUACUGCCGCGAGCACAGCGGGCUGUAGGGGAUGGGAUGGAUGGGAGCAGCGGCCGCAGCCCCCAAUAAAGCUUGGAUGUCAGCAGCA